CGUCGAGUGGAAUAGAGCAUUUUGAGCAGCUGUGUUGUAGUACCCACCGGCCACCGGUCCACCGCCUGCCACUAGCUAGUGUUCGACGCGGAUUAAGCGGAGGCCGUUUAUGACUAUGUCCGUCUGUGAGCCGCGUCGCAGCAUGUGUGUGUGUGUCUGUCUGUAUGUAUUGUAAUCGAUAAUAAUAACUGCCUAAAAAAUCAGUUUACAUAAUAUUACAAUAGUAUGUUGUUUACGUUUUACGGACAACGAAAUCGCAAACGAUUAUUUUUUUUUUAUAUUUUAUUAUAGUGGUUUUUUUUGUUUUGUUUUUUGCGAUCAGUUUAGAUCGUUGAAAUGUUCACCCGUUCGUGACUUCUAUUUUGCACACACACAUUCGCGAACGCGCGCGCGCACACCGAUUUACACUAAAAAAAAAAACAACCGUUUUCACUUUCCCGUCAAAUUUGUUUCUUAUUUUUCGUUACCGUCGCGUUAAAAACUGUAUUUUUCGUUUUGUUUCGGCCGUUGUUGUCUUUUGAUUUUUCCAAUAAUAUCGUUAUAAUCGAACGCCGCCGAUUGAUCGACCAUGACUGUUUGAGAUCGGUCGCAGUUUUUUGAAUCGUUUUUUGGAUAGUCCUCGCGCUCAAGUUAUGCUGUUGGCUGUACUUUGCUGAGAACAGCUCCGGACCAUAUUUAGCACCGUACAGUUUGUUUGAAAAUGAACGAAGGCGUGAUUCUCGAUUUUAAAGGACCAGAUAGGGAUAAGUGUAACUAUUACAAUCGAACAAGAAACAGACUUCUUAUUACUGCAUACGAAGGAAUACCUGAAAAUCUGUUACUCAAUAUUCUAGGAUGCCUAUUUUUAGUUAUAUUUUUUGCUUUCAUGAGAAAAAGAGCAUGGGAUUAUGGACGAUUAGCGCUAGUCAACAAAGAUUAUGAAAAAUGGUCACGCAUAUUUUACGGUACUACAGACGAAAGCUCAGACAAUUAUAUCGAGGACGGUAACUCCACUACGACUUUGGACAAUUCCAUGCCGGUCGAUAGGGGCAUGUUUUCUUGGUUUUUGACAAUUAUUCAGCUUAGGGAUGAGAAAAUUUUACGAAAAUGCGGGUAUGACGCUGUGCAAUACCUUUCAUUUCAACGUCACAUUAUGGUGUUAAUGGCUAUUAUUACCGCAGUGUCGUUAGGAGUUGUACUGCCAAUAAAUUUUGCUGGCGAUUUGGAAGGCGACGAAAGAUCGUUUGGACACACUACAGUCAGCAAUCUACAUCCAAAUUCACCGUGGCUGUGGGUACACGUGACAAUUGCAAUGCUAUAUUUUCCGUUAACUAUAUGCAUAAUGAGAAGGUUUUCCGCUAAUUUAAAAUUAGAGGAGAACGGAGAGCAAUGGUCUCGUACACUUAUGAUUACUAGUAUUCCCAGACACAAUUCUGACACCAAUGAUUUAGAUCGACAUUUUAGAGAGGCAUAUCCAGAAUGUGAAGUCGAAAAUAUUCAGUUGGCUUAUGACGUUACUAAAGCAAAUGAAUUGGAAAGAGACAGAGAUGCUGCUUUUCAAGCCAAACAAUAUUGCGAAAAUCAUUUAAAAACUGUUGGUGAACGCUUGACUGUUCAGCCUCACAUUUGUGGCUACAUAUGUAUAUGUUGUGGAGCGUGCAAAUCUUACAAUUUGGAUGGUAUUGACUAUUAUUCCAAAGAAGAAGCUCGAUUAAAAGCCAUGUUGGAAGCAGAAAAAGAAUCCGCUCUUAAACGGCCUUUAGGUAUAGCUUUUGUUACAAUGACUACGAUACAUGCAGCCCGACUGGUUCACCAAGAUCAUGUGUACAAGUUAUCCAAGUGUGGACGCCAUAAUCCACCGACCAGUUCUGUUGCUGGUCUUCUCCAGCCGUAUCGAUGGAGAGUCACGUUUGCUCCGCCUCCAGACGAUAUAUUUUGGGAAAAUUUAACCGAACCCUCUCACAACCGUUAUUGUAAGAUAGUAUUGACUAACUCAUUUUUGUUGGUAGUUUUAUUUUUUUUGACCACUCCUGUCAUUGUAUUGAAUGUUAUGGACACACUAAAACUUAGAGAAAUUGAAAAAGCUAGCCCAAUUUUAUCAGAAUUUAUGCCGACACUAUUACUUUGGACGGCCGCCGCUCUUUUACCUGUGUUGGUUAUACGAUCUGACCAGUGGCUCAGUCAUUGGACUAGAUCAAAACGGAACCAUUCAAUAAUGCGUAAAACUUUUGUGUUUCUUCUGUUUAUGGGUUUGAUUUUACCAUCGUUAGGACUAACCAGUGCUCAAGCGUUUUUGGAAUUUGCUUUUCAAGCUGGAAUUCAAACGUACCGUUGGCAGUGCGUGUUCUUACCUGAUAAAGGAGCAUUUUUUGUAAACUAUGUUGUCACUUCUGCGUUGAUCGGAACUAGCUUAGAACUCAUAAGGUUUCCCGAAUUAUUUAUGUAUGCUCUUCGACUAUCACUUUCAAGGUCAAAAGCAGAAUCCGCAAGCGCUCGAAGAUUAAUUCUUUGGGAAUUCCCAUUUGGCGUCCAAUAUGCUUGGAUGUUGCUGAUAUUUUCAAUUGUAACAGUGUACAGUCUUUCUUGUCCACUCAUUACACCUUUUGGUCUUUUGUAUAUGGUUACAAAACAUUUUGUCGAUCGAUACAAUAUUUAUUUCGCAUACGGAAAAUCUAAAAUUAGUAAACGUAUACAUAGUACAGCCAUCAAUUGUGUAAUGGUGUCCUUAGUGUUGUUACAAGUGAGUUUUACAUCUCUGUCAAUGUUACGUCACGGAUUACACGACAUCACAUGGUUUGCCUUGGCCGGUCUUUUCAUCACAUUGGCAUUUACACUAUCUCAAUGUUUCUUCCGACAUUGUACCGCAUGGAGUCCUAUACUUUACCAAGCGAGAAAUCCACGUACCGUUCAACCCAGUCCAGGCAGGCGGAAUCAUCUCAACCAUGUUGCAGAUUAUAUUCCCGACGUGCUACGACAACCUCUAGCUUCUACUACGGCCAACUCUUUAUUGACAUUGACUCCCAACGAUUCUGGUACAACGUUGGAAGACUUGGACUUAGGGAUUAAGAAUAUUGAACACCAUCAAAGAUUCCCAAAUGGUCAAUCCCAAACUCAGGUGGCUAUUCCGUUACUUCUGAGAACCGAUGAACAACCGUCUGCUUAUCUAUAUGAACUGACCAGUUUUGGGCCUUAACACUUAAACGAUCAAAACAAAAUCAUUGGCGCUGAAUUUCAUGAUUAACGUCAAUGGAAGAAAUCCCAUAUACAAAUUAUGGAAAUGUAUAGAAAUAAUAUAGAAAUAGUACAGAAAUAAUAUAGACAUAGUAUUGAAAUAGUAUAGCAAUUAUAGUAGCAGUU